CUUGUAUUGCUUGUCCAUACGACCAGACUCUCUGGCCCUGCUAAUCACCAUUGUAGCCACUGGAAGGAGAUGCCAUGACUAUUGUCUUCAUAGCCCUGUUCUAUCUUGGGCUGACCCUGUUCUCCAUGACCCAUGUACCAGUAGAAGCUAUUGGCAAGCCCACACUCAGAGCUCAACCAGGCUCUGUGAUGACCAGGGGCAUGCAAGUGACCAUCUCAUGUGAGGGGACCUCAAGUGCCCAGGAAUACUAUCUCUAUAAAGAAGGCAGUCCAGAUCCUUGGCAAACACAGACCCCUCUGGAGCCUGGAAAUAAGGCCAAGUUCUUCUUCCCAUCUAUUCAAGAGAAUCAUGCGGGGAGAUACCGCUGUUACUAUAGGACCCACGUUGGCUGGUCAGAGCGCAGUGACUUUCUAGACUUGAUGGUGACAGGAUUCUACAGAAAACCCAGCCUGUCAGCCCUGCCUAGCCCAGUGAUGAGAUUAGGAGGGAAUGUGACCCUCCAGUGUGUCUCACAGCUUGGGUAUGAUAGGUUUGCUCUGACUAAGGAGGAACCACAGAAGUUUUCUUGGACCCUAGACUCACAGUACAUAUACUCUAAUGGCAGUUUCCGGGCACUGUUCUCUGUGGGGCCUGUGACCUCCAGACAGCAGAGGACAUUCAGAUGCUAUGGCUAUUACCUGAGUAAACCCCAGGUGUGGUCAGAACCCAGUGACCCUCUGGAGUUCCUGGUGUCAGGAGCACCUGAGACCACCAGACAACCACAAAACAUGUCAGAAGCCAUGACAGUCUCACCAACCCAGGAUCACACAGUGGAGAACCUCAUCCGGAUGGGCAUGUCUGGCUUGAUCCUCACACUUCUUGGGAUUUUGCUCUAUGAAGCUUGCCGCAGCCAGAGAAGAACCUUCACUGCAUCCUAGAAGUGAAGAAGAGAGAUAGCAACAGACCAUGCAUGGUGCCCACAUAGGGGACGCAAAUUUGAGGGUCUCUGGUGUUUUUUGUUUCAGUUUUUUUUUUGGGGGGGGUUGUUGUUUACAUAGAAUUCAAUGUUUAAUAUCGGGAAUCACUUGUGAGGAAAGAUCCAGGAAGGAAAUGUGUUUUGGGUGCAGGAAUAGGCCUGGAUGUUGGUGUGAACAGCUCUUCCACCACCACAGAAAGACUCUACCCUCUGCCUUGCUGUGGACUUUGAAGAUUUUUCUUCCUUCCUUUGCAGUCUAUGAUAUGGGGGAACCUGUUGUCCCAGCAGUGAGGUUUGAGUCUUUUCCUCUGUGUAUCUUCUGCUUUCCCCCAGUCUCUUGUCAUACUUUCCUUCAUUAUAAAUUACCACAUUCCCUAUUUUCCAUUACGAGCAUCUGCUCUUUGUGGGUGUUGUUACUAUGAACAAGGCAUUUGACUCAGUACAAGAUCAAUAAAAAAUGAGCACAAGUCAGAUUCUAGAAUGAAAAAAUAACUGAAUAUCAAUGAUGCUCCUAAAAAUCUAUACUUUCAAACCAUUAUGUAUUCAUCCCAAACUCAUCGUGAGAGUCUGACAAUUUAUGAAAAGUUGCUGUCUAGUGUUUAAAGUGACUAUCUGGUUGGAUGCAGUUGUUACUGUUUUCAGAAUAUCAUUUUGUUAAACAAGCCCUGGUCUGUGACAUUUGUUGAUUGUUGUGUAUAAACCUUUGCAUCGUCACCUUGAAGUCCCAGCUUAUUCCACCAUACCAAGGUCAGCCUGCUCCAUGCUAGAAACAACCCGAGGCGGCGAUCACAGCAGACGUGGCAACCUUUGCCCUCCCUGACUGGUUCUGUGUGAGAAGGUUGGAUACCAGCAAGCUAUGAUGUAUAUUUGCAUUCUCACAAUACAGGAUAUUUGUUUAGUCCUCAAUUGAUUAUUGGAAUAUUUGAGAUCCAUGAAAAGGAGA